UAACCGCCCGUGUGCCCCCUUCCGGUCCUCCAUCCUUGCGGCGGCGGCGGCGGCGGCGGCGGCGGGGGAAGAGGAAGCGAGUUCCUAUGGCCCCGAGAGGCGGUCACGCGGCGGCGAGCUCCGGCUCCGAGGACGAGGAGGAGGAGGCGGAGGCGGGCUUCUCCAGGAGCUAUUUCCUCGCCAAGGAGAAGGAGCCCUCCUCGGCCAAGAAGCGGGCCCACGCCGCCGCCGCCGGCAAGCUCUCCGACCUCAACCUCGUCGACGAGCAGGUGUUGCGAGCAUCCCUCGCCGAGAUCCCCCCGAAGCACGAGAAGGAGGUGGAGGCCCUCACGAGAAGCUACAAGGACCAGUACCGCAACUGGCUUUUCGAGCUGAGGUGCGGUUUUGGCCUGUUGAUGUAUGGCUUCGGGUCUAAGAAGCUGUUGCUGGAGGAUUUUGCCUCCACGACCUUGACUGAUUUCACUGUCAUCGUGGUCAAUGGUUACCUUCCGUCCAUCAACUUGAAGCAGGUAUUGGCAACAAUAGCUGAAAUGUUUUGGGAACAGAAAAAACUUAAGCGAAAACGUCACUCAGGAACAAGGUCCCAACCAUCACAAAAUUUUGCAACCCAAACAAUGGAUGAUAUUAUCUCGUUUUUAAACAACCAGACAUCAGAAGAUGGGGUUGAUGGCGUGUGCCUUCUUAUUCACAAUAUUGAUGGACCUGCACUGCGUGAUGCUGAAUCACAGCAGUGUCUAGCACAAGUUUCUUGCUGUCCACAAAUCCACAUUGUUGCAUCAGUUGAUCAUGUCAAUGCACCUUUAUUAUGGGACAAGAAGAUGGUGCACACACAGUUCAAGUGGAGUUGGUACCAUGUCCCAACAUUUGCACCUUACAAAGUUGAAUGCGUGUUCUACCCAUUGAUACUUGCUAGCGGCGGUCAUGCACAGACCACAAAAACUGCCCUUGUUGUUCUUCAGAGUCUGACACCAAAUGCACAAAGUGUCUUUAGAGUUCUUGCUGAAUAUCAGUUAGCAAAUGAAAAAGAGGAAGGUAUGCCUGUCAGCAGCUUGUAUACCAAAUGCCGUGAGCAUUUCCUGGUGAGCAGUCAAGUGACAUUGAACUCCCACCUGACAGAGUUUAAAGAUCAUGAUCUUAUAAAGAUCAAAAAGCACUCUGAUGGCCAAGAUUGCCUCCACAUCCCCCUUGUUCCUGAUGCGCUGGGGAAAUUGCUGCAAGAAUUGGCCUGAUAUCCUGACUGUUUACCUUUUUGGUUGAUUAUUUGAUUCAGCAAAACUCUUCCAAAGGAGAGGAUUUAUCUGCUACAUGUAGUGUUACCAUGAAAAUAACUCAGUUGAGUAUUCCAUUCUGUUGUACAUCGAUUAUCCAGCACUUAUUUAUGAGAUGGCCGAACGUUGCAUGUUACUCGUGUUA